UAAUUUCCACUUUCUUAAAAAAGCAAUCUCGAAGAUGUUGAAGAAGCAAAACAUUACAAAAAAUAGUAAUUUCGUAGUGGGUUAGUGAUAAGAGUUCAAGUUCAAUACGAUUUGAGUUCACAUAUGAUGUGAUUACGCACAACAUGAAAUUCGAAUGUUGAUCAUGCCACUUGUUCGUUCAUACACGCGCCACUUUCAUCUCUAAAUGUAUAAAAAUUUGGGCUGCUUUGAUUAAAGUGAUUAAACAAUCAUUCUAUAUUCAAAUUUUGAACUCAGUAGUUCCGGGUACAAAAUGAUUUCGUUAUUUACUUUGGUUUUUUGUGCUGGCUUAACACUUAUAGCUGGUGAAGAGAAUGUAUUGAAUUCGACAAAAAGCUCGUUCGAUUUUUCGGUUGUUCUAACAAAUUUCGAUCAACAAUUAUUGGAAGCAUUACACGAGAAAUUGGAUGAGAGGAGCGAUAUGCAUGACAAAUUGAAUUUUCUACGAGUUGCAAACGAAUCAAUUGAGUCAUUUGGAAACGUCACAACAUUACAACAAAGAAUUAAACAAUAUUCAGCUUUGAUUCUCAAUUUGAAUAUAACGUCAGUUAACACGAGUGCAUUGCAUCAAAUUGAACAGGAACAGACUACUCUUCCUGAUGAAAUUUUGACCGCAAAUUCUUCCAGUGCAAUUAACUUUGUCUCCUCGGAAUAUAUUUGUUAUAAGGAUGCAAUCGACCUUCUCGGAGCAAAAAAAGAACAAGUAUGGACUGGCAGCUUCUAUGAUAGUGCCGAUGACAAUGAUCCUUAUCGUUCUUAUAUCACAGGCAAAUUAGUAGAUAGAACGACACCUCUCCAUGAAGCAGUGAAACAUAAUAAUCUCUGUGUUGUCGAACUUCUAAUCACACAAGGAGCUAAUGUAAACGCAAGAGCUGACGAAGGAAUGACGCCAAUUUUCGAAGCUGCAAAAACUGGAAAUAAAGAUGUUGCCGAACUUCUCAUUAAACACGGAGCUAGUGUAAAAGCAAGAAAAACAUAUUCAGAAACACCUCUUCUUGUAGCUUCAGAAAAUGGUAAUAAGGAUGUUGUAGAACUUCUCAUCGAGAACGGCGGAGCUGAAAUAGGCAGAAAGUCGUUAGAUGAUACACUUUUUAAAGCUGUGGAAAAUGGUAAUAAGGAUGUCGUAGAACUUCUCAUUAAACAUGGAGCUGAUAUUCACGCAAGCGAUACUUGGGGCUAUACUCCUUUACAUUCAGCUGCAAAAUAUGGUAAUAAGGAUGCCGUAGAAGUUCUUAUUAAACACAGAGCUUAUGUAAAUGCUCAAACGGAGUAUGGUAAAGUGACGCCACUCCAUCAAGCUGCAGAAAAUGGUAAUAAGGAUGUAGUAGAAUUUCUCAUCAAGCACGGAGCUAAUGUAUAUGCUACAAAUUAUUACAAAGAGACGCCACUCCAUGAAGCUGCAGAAUAUGGGAAUACGGAAGCGAUUGAAGUUCUACUUAGAUACGGCGCCCAAAUUUAUGCAACAGAUGCGAAGGGAAGGACACCGUUUGAUGUAGCCAAAGGAGAUGCAAAGUCAUUCAUUCAGGCCAAAAUUGUGACCUUUUAAAUAUCUUUUUCUUGGCUAUGAAAUGUCUUUUUAUCCAACGGAUGGAAACCUCAAUAUACGUAUCUAUUGCUCUAUCUGUUAUUAAUCGUUUCUAAAACGCGUCAAAUCAAAAUAUUAAAACUUCACGCAUUGUAGAAUCGAAAUCUUCGGUUUGCUGUUUGUUAUCAAUUUUUGUGUAAUUUUGAAGAUAUUAUUCAAUCAAUUUUACGAUUAAAAAUUAAAUUUGAAAAAAAAAAAUGAUUAGCAAAAUGCAAUUUCGUGAUAGUAAAUAGUGUAAGAAAUCGAAAAUCAACUUAAAUAAAUAGGUGUUAAAUAUUAAACAUCUAAAGCGAA